AUGAAGGGAAGGGAAGAAAACCUCAUUGACAAUGAUGUUCCCCAGUUUCUUGCUUGUCCUUUCUCUUCUUCACAGCACUUGGCAGCUGGCAGAGGAGGAAACGUUCUUAAUCUAUAACACAUUCAACGAGCUCUGCCUUCAGGCAUCCUCCACGGGGGCAGUCAGAACUGCCACUUGCCACCAAGACAACGAAUCACAACGAUUCAGGUGGAUCACAGAGCAUCAGCUGAUGAGUGUCAGACUGAACCUGUGCCUGGGGGUGCCUUCAAAGAAAGACCAAGCUGUGAUCAGCCUGUCUCCAUGUCACCCCAAGAGUGAGCUGCACUGCUGGGAAUGCAGAAAUGAAAGCCUUCUUGCAAUCCAAGGAGAAGAUCUGUUUCUAGGGCCUGGCAGUGAAGAACAUGAUGAAGUUUUGUUAACGAAGGGGUUAAGUGUGAAGAACAUCUGGAAGAUCUAUGGGCGUGGGGAUGCUUUGUGUUCCCAGGGAUAUGAAGAGACGUUCACGCUGCUGGGCAAUGCCUUCGGGGCCCCCUGCGUGUUCCCUUUCCUGCACCAGCAGCGGUGGUACGGGGCGUGCACGGCCGCGGGCCGGCGGGACGGGCGCCGCUGGUGCGCUACCAGCCCGGACUACGACACGGACCAGCGCUACGGCUUCUGCCCCGCCGCAGACAUGGACAGCAGCUGGGCUGCAGAUCCAGCAGCAAAUGUCCACUACCAGAUCAACUCCGAAGCGGCUCUCAGCUGGCAGCAGGCCAGGCAGAGCUGCCGGCAGCAGGGGGCAGAGUUACUCAGCGUCACAGACAUCCACCAGCAGAUACACCUGAAGGAGUUAACAGAAGACACAGAUUCAGCCUUGUGGAUUGGGCUCAACAGGCUGGACUUGCAGAGUGGCUGGGAGUGGAUCGGGGGCAGCCCUUUACGCUACUUCAACUGGGCUCCAGGAAGCCCCUCUCCAGAACCUGGAAAACUCUGUGCAGUUUUGAAUCCUGAAAUGAAAGGCAAAUGGCAAAACUGGGAAUGUGAUCAGAAACUUGGUUACAUUUGUAUGAAAACAAACUCCACUUUGGUUCCCCCAGGUGACCCUGGGCCUGUUGCUUGCCCAGAGGGAUGGGUGCCAUACACAGACCACUGCUACAAGGUCUUCAGGGAGAACAAAGGAUGGGAGGAAGCUUUGAGCUCUUGUCGGAGGGAAAGCAGUCACCUGGCCAGCAUCCAGAGCCUUGAGGAGCACAGCUUUAUAGUGUCUCGCCUGGACUACAAGCCAGCAGACAGGCUGUGGAUUGGGCUGAAUGACCGCAGGGUGCCAAUGUACUUCGAGUGGACUGAUGGCAGCCCAGUGACCUACAGCAGGUGGCAGCUGGGAGAGCCUUCCAGCACCCACAGCAGGCCAGAGGACUGUGUGCUCAUCAGGGGCAAGGAUGGCUACUGGGCAGACUAUGGCUGUGAGAAAAAAGCUGGCUACAUCUGUAAAAAAAAGGGUGCACCAGAAAUGGGCAGAGAAAAGGAAAUCCUUAAUGAAGGCUGCAAAAAGGGCUGGACCAGGUACAGGGCCCACUGCUAUUUCACUGGACAUGCCCCAGCAGCCUUUGCAGAAGCAAAUGCCACUUGUCAAGGAGAAGGAGGUCACUUAGCCACGGUCGAGAGCAGGUAUGAGCAAGCCUAUCUAACCAGCCUGCUGGGGCUGAGGCCUGACAAAUACUUCUGGCUUGGCCUGUCUGACACCGAGGAGCAAGGCACUUUCAGGUGGGCCAGUGGUGAAGCUGUCUCCUUCACACACUGGGACGCAGCAAAGCCUGGAAACAACCCAGGAUGUGUGGCUAUGAGAACCGGGACUGCAGCUGGGUUAUGGGAUGUUCUGGACUGCGAGACAAAGCAGAAAUACAUCUGCAAACAGUGGGUAAAGGGUGCAAUGGCUCCACCUCUGCCAGCCCCUGCUCCUGCCCUGGCGUGCCCUGAAGGCUGGCAAUCAAACCACCUCAGCAGCUCCUGUUUCAAAUGUUUUUGCAGAUCAACUGUGAAAAAGAAAUCCUGGCUUGAAGCUCGGGAGUUCUGCAGGCAGAUAGGAGGCGACCUGGCCACCAUCAAUGCUAAAGAGGAGGAACAGCUGCUACAGCAAGCAAUGGAGGCCAGUCAGUGUCCCUCUGACAGAGCCUGGAUGGGUAUCUUUUCCCUGAAUCCAGAUGAAGGCUUUGCCUGGAGCGAUGGCUCUCCGGUGAGGUACAUAAACUGGGAAGCCAUCCCAAGAAAUUCAGGAGGGGGCAAGUCGUGUGGCAGCCGCGAACACAGCUGGCGUCAUGUUCAGAAAUGGUUCCUGUCAGUCUGUGAAGUGCAACUCAACUGGGUCUGCCAGGUGAAAAAAGGAAUGCCGUUAAAGCCCGAGCCCAGUGACACAUACGAGUACCAAGGCGCUGCAGACAGCUGGGCCGUGCAGGGGGCCAGGCUCUACUACAUCAGCAGCGAAGCUGUCCCCGCUGAAGGAGCCCGAGAGUUCUGCAGGAUGCAUUCUGCAGAGCUGGCUGUUGUCAGCAGCAAUAGCGAGAGAAGGUUCCUGCAGAGAGCCCUCAAGGAAAACGAGGGAUUCUGGAGCGAGGGCAGAGGAUACUUUAUUGGUCUGCAAGUGAGUCUUGACAAAAAGUUUAGCUGGUUAGAUGGCACUCCAGUCACCUACGUGGCCUGGGCUCCUAACGAACCCAACUUUGCAAAUAAGGAGGAGAAUUGUGUGGUGAUGUUUGCAGAGACAGGUCUGUGGAAUGAUGUAAACUGUGGCUCCCCCCACAAAUUCAUCUGUGAAAAGCAUAACAGUUCUGUUAACUCAACAUUUGCCUCCCCACUGCCUUCUGGAGGGUGUCCAGAGAGUUGGGUUUUCUUUCACUACAAGUGCUUCAAAAUGUUCUCUUCCAACACAACAAGAAUGCUUACCUGGCAUGCUGCACGAGAUGCUUGCAUCCAUCUGGGAGGAAACCUGGCCAGCAUACCAAAUGCAGAAGUGCAAGCUUUCCUCUUCUAUCACUUAAAAGAUGCCACAGUUGAUGUUUGGAUUGGGAUGAAUGACAUCAACAGAGAGUUCACCUUUAUGUGGGCAGACGGCAGCAGUGUUUCCUACACCAACUGGGCUGAUGGUGCACCAGAAGCUGUACAAAGCUAUUUUGACCUUUACGAGUAUGAAAGCCUGACAGGUGUCAGCAUAGAGACAGAUUGUGUCUCCCUGGUGAGGUCAGAUGGCAGCUGGAGGGAUAGCAGCUGUGACAACGAAGCAGGCUACGUGUGCCAGAUGGAUCCACUUACCACACAGCCUGAAGCACCACCAACAGUCUCUCCCUCUGGCUUUGCCCAUUAUGGUGACAGCAGCUAUUUGAUCGUCUCAGAUGAGAUGCAGUGGGAAGAGGCCAGAAAACACUGCCAAGACAAACGUGCAGAACUUGCCAGUAUUCAAGAUGCCCACACCCACUCAUUCCUGUGGAUCCAGAUGCUGAAAUAUGGAAAACCAGUGUGGAUUGGGCUCAACAGCAAUCUGACUGGCAGCUAUCACAAAUGGACUGACAACUGGACAGCCAGGUACACCAAAUGGGCAGCAGGGGAACCAAAGGAGAACAAUGCUUGUGUCUACCUAGACAUUGAUGCUACUUGGAAAACAGCAGCCUGCACUGAGAGCUACUUUGCAGUUUGUGAGAAAUCAGAGGCUUCUCCUACUGACCCUGCUCAGCUGCCUGGAGACUGCCCUGAAGCAGAUGAACUGCAAGCUUGGAUCCCUCACGGUGGCCACUGCUACUACCUGGAAGCAUCAGCUGGGACGAGCUGGGCACUGGCCUCCCUUGAGUGCACUCGCUUGGGUGCUACCUUGGCAUCAAUAGAGAACGUGGAAGAAUCUGACUUUCUGAUCCAUGCCACACAACCACUUGCAAACAAAGUAGGAGGCUUCUGGAUAGGUCUUUACCGCAACGUGGAUGGCCAGUGGCUGUGGCUAGAUAAUGCUCCCCUGGCUUUUGUCAACUGGAAAGAGAAAAAGGCCAGCGGGCUGCAGCGCUGUGUUGAGCUGAGUGCACCAGCUGGGCACUGGGAUGACAUUGAUUGCUCUUCUGAGAAAGGCUUUAUCUGCAAAAAACCCAACGCUGACCCAAGUGGGAGCCUUCUCCAGCCAAAAGGAAAGGAGCAGCACGAAGAGACUCCACCAGCUGCUCAUCCCUCUGUUUGGCCACUCCUUUUCCUGGCUCUUGUCACUCUUCUUGGAGCUGGCCUCUCAGUCUACAUCUACCAGAUUAAAAAACAACAACUCUCAACACAUUCUGGCCACAGAUCACCUCCCCUGUGAAGUGCUGGUGACUGAGGGGUUGCUGAAGAUGGGUCCUGUGACCUAUGCCAGCUCAGAGGAGGCUGUUUGCUGGAAUUAAAGGAUGCAUCUGUUA